AUGUCGGGUAACGAGCGCAUCAAGGGGGUUCAGGUCCACCGACCGAUCAUUUACGGCUCGCACGCCCGCCUCCUCACCGAUGAAGAGAAGCUGAGCGCACCUGCUGGACACACGCAUCGCUGGACCGUCUUCUUCACUUCUGCCGCGACACCGCUGCCUGAGCCGCGCCCCGCGGGCUCUACGGGGCCCGUCCCCAUUGACAUGGACUACCUCCCUGGUGGCGCCGACGAUCUGUCAUACGUAGUCAAGCGCGUCGUCUUCCGCUUGCACGAGACGUACUCGAACCCCAACAGGAUGUGCGAGCGACCUCCUUACCAGGUCACCGAGACUGGCUGGGGAGAGUUCACUGUCCAGAUCAAGGUGACGUUCAUCCCCGAGGCCGGCGAGAAGGCUCUGUCCCUCCAGCACCCCAUCAAGCUGCACCACUGGGGAGAGCCCAUCGACGUGCCUGUAGCACCCGCGCCUGGAGCCGAGGCCACCCCCGUGGGAACACCGGCCACCGACAAAGGAGACGGCGAGGGCGACGCUGCAGUCAAGGCCGAGGUUAACACCCCUGCUGCUGAGGCCACGCCUGCUGCCGAAGGCUCUGGUGCGACCACCACCGAGGCCGCAACUGGCACAGGCGCGGCGCCGACUCCUGCGGCCGACGGCGGCGCACCUGCAACAGCAGUUGGUACGCCAACUCCCGCACAAGCUGCUGUCCAGUCCAUGGCAGCAAUGUACCCCGUCCACGCCUGGCAGUACGACGAGCUCGUGUUCUCCGACCCGCCCGCCAACUUUAUGUCCAUCCUCGACGAAAACCCACCCACCCCGUUACCUGCGCGUCCCCGUCGUGCCCGUGACCAGCGUGAGGAGCACGACCUCAAGAACGCCGGCAGCACCAAGAAGAAGGCGCGUGGGUCUUCGACGGCCCGUGGCGGCGCAAGCCGCGCAGGGACCGACGCCCCAGAAGGUGGCAGCGGUACGCCGCGCGUUGUCGGUACGCCGCGGGCCGGCACCCCGGCCGUCAUUGGAACCCCAGGCGGUACGGGAACGCCUGGAGCAGGGACACCUGGCAUUGCCCCCGGCGUGCCCGGCGAGCUGGGCAGUGCGGAUGUGCCGCUGGAGUUUGCGACCGACAUGGAGAAGGGCGAGUUCAACCGCCUGACGGAGAUCAGGAUACGCAUCGUGGAGCAGAUGGACCGUUGGCGAGAGCGACUCAUUGCGCAAGAAAAGGAGCUGGGUCGGCUCAAGGAGGAGAUGAGGUGA